AUGAUAGAACUGUUUCUUCUUGUAUGUAUCACGCCAAAUGGUAACCUCAAUCUUUUACACAGGAAACAAUUGUUGGAAAAUCAGUACAAAAACUGGUUAAGAAGUACACUUGGACUAAAAUACUUGAAAGUUGGUUUAGAGGGAUUUACAGAUACUGCCGUAAAAGCUCAUCACAAUGAAAUUCUGGGCAAAGUUCCUCCUGCUGGAAUGAUAUGCACAAACUGUACCUCAGAAACACUCCUCCCUUCGCAUAAAAAGGAGCUUUGUCACCAACAACAUGUAUGCUUUUGUUCGAAUAAAUCACGUAACAGAAAGUUAUGUCCUAAUGCCGAAUUCUGCAGUAAGUUUUAUGAUCAAAUACUUUGGAAUCACCAGUUCUUUGAUCCAAUGCUAAUUAACACAGAUAUACAAAAAUGGAGCAGUGAUCCUUGGAGUGUUGCUACAUGUUAUAUCAACACUGCUGGCUACAGUGGCCGAUCGUCUGCGAAACAGAUUGACUGUGCGGGAGUGCUGAGUUUGUUCAUUAACAACUGCUUCUUCGAGAGAAGUCUAGAUGAAACAGAUUUAAAUGAUAAAACAGAUCUAUUUAAGAAGGCGAAGGAUGCACGCAAUGAAAUUCUUCAUAAUGCGAACUUUGAGCUAUCUGAAAGUCAACUUUAUGGUUAUAUCGACCUAUUCAAAAGCGUUCUGGAGAUCAAAAACAGACAGGACGGGUCGUGUUUUUUCAACCAACCUGGUGUUCAAGAAGCCAUUUACAGUUUGAAUAAGUUGCAGGAACACCAGAUUGAUAUACACAUUUCUGAAGAUCUUCGUAGGCAUAUUGAAGACCUGCAAGAGCACGCUCAGAGUGAAUUAGCGGAAAAGAUUGACGAAGCUAAGAAACAGAAUCACAUUAAAGUUCAGCAGUUAGAGGAACAACUGAAACAUAAAGAGAAAGAGCUUCAACUAAUGCAUGCUUUCCGAUCAACACACAUGAAAAGUACAGAAUCAAAAGACCAUAAAGUGCCAUUCCAACUCGAGUUACACAUAAGAGCUAUUGGAUCAUCAGGAGAGACAAUUGCAGAAGGGAGACAUUGCAUUUACGACAGCAUGAAGAAUUUUGUUGCAAACUACAGUCAAGACAAACCUGCUGCGCCUAUGACUUCUUCUGAUAAAUCUGCUGAUCAAUCGGUUCGCCGUAUUCUUGGAUACAUAACCAACAUUAAAGGCUGUAAGAUAAUAAAGGAGGUGAUAGAAACAGAGAAUUCUGCCUACAUUAAAAUCCACUGCUUUACUUGUGAUGCUAUUGACCAGUUUCUCAAGUAUAUCAAUGGAAACGAGCUACAGAAAGAAACAGAUGAGUUACGAAAAUGUCUAAAGAUAAAGAAUGAGAUAGAAGCACAUGAUGUAAUAGCAAGUUGCUCAUCAGAAUGUAUAGAGAAUACAAGAAAGCGUCUGCAUAACCGUGGCCUUACGACCGACUUCAUUUGUGAUAUCCAUCAGGGUACGCAGUGCACGUGGUAUUGUUCUGACCAUGACAAGUUUUUCUGCUCAACAUGUAAGGAUUCAAAACAUAGAUCAUGUGUUGGAAUAAAACAAGUCGUAUCAGAAAGGUCUUACGAGAAACAGAAUCAAAGUCUUGUCGUUAAGCGUAAGAUAGGAAAGUAUAAUGUACAGAUAAAGAAUCUUUUCAUGAACAGAGACGACAAUGAUAAAGGUUAUUGUAGAAUAUACAGUAUCUGUAGCCUUCCUGAUGGUAACAUUCUUCUUGUUGAUUUUGGUAACGAUAGGCUGAAGAAACUUGACAGUUCGUACAACGUCGUCAGUCACUGUGAUUUUCACGAUGUGUCCUCUGUAAUGACUGCCAUGUGUUAUAUAGGUGACGAUAGAACUGUUGUAUGCGAUUCGACUGACAGAAUUCGGUAUGUGAAUGUAUCCGGUAAGCUGAAGCUUGAGCAUACUGUACAGCUUUACCACAGAUGUAACGGUCUGGCUUGUCAUGGUGAUACACUCUAUGUCAGAGGUGAUGGCACAAUAUAUACCUAUAGCAGAGACUUUCUAGAGAAACAUGUACUUUACAACAUAAACGAUUAUUCAGCGUAUUCCAUCCAUAUUGCUGUCAGUGAUGACGGUGAACGUAUUUAUAUUCCAACUGGUAAUGGCGGUCUUGUAACAAUAGAUAACAAAGGAAACCAUCUAUUCACUUUGAACCGCGGCCCACGGUAUGAAGCAGAUGAUGUAUGUAUUGUUGGUGAUGGUACUAUGCUUAUAUUAGACAAUAAAGGAGGUGUGUAUCAGGUUGAUUAUAAUGGUAAACAAGUACUGGGAACAGUUGUUGUUCAGUCAGAGAGUCUUCGUGCAUCGUUGUGCUUUGAUAGACAACGAUGUAGACUAAUCCUACCGCAAUACAGAGAAAACUAUAUAUCAGUCUUUCAGCUACAGCAUCACAACAAUGAUACAAAUAUAAAUUAA